AUGCCAGCUCCUACGAUAAAAAUUGCUGUUGUUGGUCCACUUGCUAGUGGCAAAAGUUCAUUUAUAAAUUUUGCAACGGAAACACGUGAAUCUUUUACUGAAACCUAUAUACCAACAGUUCCUGUUCGUAUUAUCGAAUAUGAGGCACCAUCAACAACUAGAGGCAGAUCAGAAACUUGGAAUGUGCAAAUUUUUGAUUGCAGUGGAGAUACAAAAUUUGAACAUACAUGGCCUGCAAUGAGUUACAAAUUAAAUGGAACAGUUUUUGUUUAUAAUCCCGACGAUAAAAAGCAAGCUGAAGAACUGAAUCUUUGGUAUAACAAUUUUGUUGAGAAACCAAAUUUAACAGAAAAAUGUUGUUUACUUGUUGCAUCAAGAAAAAAUCAAGACGAAGAAGAUAGUAAAAGUGGCAGAAAUUUACCAUUAUCUACACUAUUUACUGAUAUUCCUCGUAUUGCAUUCAAUGGCAAAAUGGAUGAAAUCGAAAAUAUUAAACAAACAUUUGUAGAUUAUUUAAAAAAAGUUAUUGCUGAAACAUCACGAGGACAAGAGCACGAUGAACGUUUCAAGUAG